CCACCAAAUGAAAUAUAAUAAAAAAAAGGGAUGCUGGCUGCGCAUCUGGUGUAGUGGUCUCAUAGUACCCUCCCACGGUACUGACCGUGGUUCGAUUCCCCGGAUUCGCACAUCUUGCUUGUAAUUUCUUUUGUUUUUUUCCCCCGCUUUAUUUGGGUUUAUAUUCUUCUUCAUUUCUCUGCAACCAAAAACACAAUGUGUUUUGUCUAUUCUCAACCCACAUGACAAACCUUCCACAGCUCAACACUGCAACGAACAGAAUUAUCUAUCUCCUACAGAACUGCACUUCUCCAACUCACAUCCACCAAAUUCAAUCCCAACUCAUCCUCCAAAAUCUACAUUCAGACACCACCAUUGCCUACCAUUUCAUCACUGCUUGCCAAUCUCUAGGACUCUUGGAUUUGGCCCGCCAGCUUUUCCUCACCCAUCUACCCAGACCCCAUGUUUUCAUUUGCAAUUCUCUCAUUAGAGCCUUCUCUCAUUCCCCUACUCCUACUCCUCCUCAUACCCCACUCUCUAUAUACGCUCACAUGCACACAAACUCCAUCCUUCCAAACAACUUCACCUUCCCUUUCCUUCUUAAAUCUUUGUCCGACUUUCGGGACUUCAAGCAAGGGCAAUGCAUGCAUACCCAUAUUAUAAAAUUGGGACAUCUUAAUGAUAUUUACGUUCAGAAUUCGCUGCUCAAUGUCUACGCAUCGUGUGGCCAUAUGGGUUUAUGCCGAAAAGUAUUCGACGAAAUGCGCCAAAGAGAUGUUGUGUCUUGGACAGUUUUGAUCAUGGGGUAUCGGAAUGCUGGGAAGUACGAUGAGGCGUUGAUCACUUUUGAGCAGAUGCAGUAUGCCGGUGUAACGCCGAAUCAUGUAACCAUGGUUAAUGCCUUGGCUGCAUGUGCGAAUUUCGAUGCCCUUGAAAUGGGUCUCUGGAUCCAUGAUUUCAUUAGGAGAAGCGGAUGGGAAUUGGAUGUGAUAUUGGGAACUUCUUUGAUUAAUAUGUAUGGAAGGUGCGGGAAAAUUGAAGAGGGUCUGGCAGUUUUCAGAAGCAUGAAGGAGAAUAAUACCUUCACAUGGAAUGCAAUUAUUCAAGGUCUAGCCAUUGCUAAAAGCGGAGAGGAAGCAGUAUGGUGGUUCAAGAGAAUGGAGAAAGAAAGAAUCCAGGCAGAUUCAGCGACUUUGGUGGGAGUGUUAUGUGCUUGUAGUUAUUCGGGUUUGGUAGAUACGGGAAGACAAAUAUUUGGUUCCUUGCUCGAAGGAAAAUAUGGAAUUUCACCAAGCGUGAAACACUAUGCUUGCAUGGUUGAUCUCUUUGCUCGUGCAGGCUUUCUUGAAGACGCUUUCAAAUGCAUUAAAGAAAUGCCUUACGAGCCUACGAAAUCUAUAUGGGGUUCAUUGCUUGCCGGUGGCAGAGCUCAUGGAAAUUUUGAAUUGAGUGAGUUUGCAGCUUGGAAGCUUGUUGAACUUGAGCCAGGGAAUAGUUCUUACUAUGUAGUGCUUUCUAAUAUGUAUGUAGAAGUGGGUAGAUGGAGUGAUGCUGAGAGAGUUAGGGGGAUGAUGAAAGAAAGAGGCCUUAAGAAAGAUUCCGGUUGGAGUUUUGUGGAUCUUGAACACCAAGAACAAAUUAAUCAAUUAUUAGCACAAUAGUCCCCAGUAACCCAGUCCCUUCAGUAAGGGGUUGGCUCUUUUGUCGGUUUAAUAUGAUUAAAGGAUUGAUAUUAUUUCUUCAGUUCGUUUUACAGCAUUUGAUUUGAAUCCUUUGGUUUGAUAUAUAUCGCUAGGCUAUUCUGUCAUGGCACAAA